CAUGAACAAGAUUGACCUGGUACUUGGACAGACCGUUUUGCUGGAACUGGAGGAAGAAUGUUUACUCGGCGAGCUGUUGCACGUAGGUUCUGAUCGAUCGUUCAUCCGCUUAUCGAACGUGCGCGACAUGCUCACGAAGGACUCUUAUGGCAUUCAAACGUACUAUAAUUCGGAAAUAAGGAACAUCCAGGUUAUCUCUGCCGAUAAGGGAAACAUUCAAACUGGUCCCUCGGCAAACGCUCCAGACAACCCCAAACAAUUCACAAAACUACUUACACUCGAAAAUUUACAGGAGACGCUGGAGCAGAUAAAUAACUACAUUUUCAUACACCAAACGGAUGUUAAAUAUCACGAUUCGAUUCGAUAUCUGAAAACUCAGCUCCAUUUGGGUAUUGCAAUGGAAAGCAUCGAGCAUGGCAGGCACUCUACUUCGCCAUCACUGUUGUCCAUAGCAACUCAUGAUUCGAUCUACAUCUUUGACAUCAAAUGGAUGAAGAUAACGGAUGAAAUGCGUGAUCUGUUGUCUAACGAUCGAUACAGGCGCGUUUUACACAACGGGCGUCUAGUGAAAGACGUCCUACAGCAUAAGUUUGGUGUACAGCUGGGAAAGUGUUUCGAUGUAAUGGUUGCCCACAUUGCAAUCCGUAAAACUGAGGGAAAGAUCGUAGAAGAAGGAGUUUCUUUGCAAGCAUGCGUGCAAAGUUACUUAAAACUGCCGGACAAGUUUUUUUAUAUGAAUGCCAAUUUUGAUGAGCGACCGGUAAGCGACACGACGAAACGAGAAGCAGCGAAGCAUGUUGUAUUUUUGCUACCACUACAGGACCUCUUCAUCCACGAGAUCAUGCUGGAACCAUUUUACAGUAGCUGUAGCAAUUAUUUGCAAAGCUUGUCACGUAAUCCGGAUUUCAUCAGCAGCUUGACCGAUCUGCGAAACAAGAACGGUGAAGCAAUCGAAGCGGUAGCUCCUGUAAAGUUGGGAAUUGAUGUGGAGUUGCUGGAUGUACCAGAACAGGAGUCCAACCGCAGCUAAUCACACGUGUUAUUUUACAGUUGAAUGAAUUACAAAGUAGAAUUUGGUUUGGGUAAUAAUAAAACAGGCGCAACGGAC